CCACUUUAGGGUUUUAUGAGAAGUUAGGGUUUUUGGGGAGCAAAAUCGCCAUGGAUGCAGCGAAGAUCGCCGAGCUCAAGCAAUUCGUGCAGAUGAUCGAGGCGAAUCCAGCCAUGCUCCAUCUUCCCCAGCUGCGAUUCUUUAGAAACUACUUGGAAAGUUUGGGAGCAAAAGUUCCAUCCGGUGCUACUGCUGCUGCUGCACAAGACAGCGACGAAGACAUGCCAGAGCUUGAAGAACUUUCUGGUAACAAGCCAAAGGUUGAAGUGGAGGAGGAACCCGAGAUCAUCGAGUCGGAGGUUGAGCUCGACGAAGAUGGGAUUGUUCCCGCUGACAACGAUCCUCCUCAGAAGAUGGGUGAUUCUUCUAUCGAGGUGACGGAGGAAAUGCAAGACAAUGCGCAGCUUUGCAAGAGCAAGGCCUUGGAGGCGAUUGCUGAAGGUGAUCUUGAUGAAGGCGUGAAAUAUCUAACUGAAGCGAUUGUGAGCAAUCCUAAAUCUGCGCUGCUCUAUGCCAACCGAGCUGGUAUCUACGUGAAGAUGAAAAAGCCAAACGCUGCAAUCCGAGAUGCUGAUGCUGCUUUGAAGUUGAAUCCGGAUUCGGCUCGGGGCUACAAAUGGAGGGGAGAAGCAAAAGCUCUACUGGGACAGUGGGAAGAGGCUGCAAAGGACUUACACGUAGCCUCGAAACUCGACUAUGACGAGGAGAUAGCCGCCAUGCUUAAGAAGGUGGAACCAAACGCUCACAAGCUGGAAGAGCACCGCAGGAAAUACGAGCGUCUUCACAAGGAAAGUGCCGAGAAGAAGGCUGAGAAGGAGAGGCAGCGACGCAAAGCAGAGGCUCAGGCUGCUUACGAGAGAGCAAAGAAGCCAACUUCUCCGAGUGGUGGUGGUGGCUUCCCUGGUGGAAUGCCUGGAGGAUUUGGCGGUGGAAUGCCUCAGGGAGGAGGCUUCGGUGGUGGAAUGCCUGGUGGAAUGCCUGGAGGCUUUGGUGGAGGAAUGCCCGGCAUGGGAGGCGGGCCAGGAGGAGUCGACAUGAGCAAGAUACUAAACGAUCCGGAGCUCCUUGCUGCGUUCCAGGAUCCAGAGAUCAUGUCCGCUCUUCAAGACGUGAUGAAAAAUCCUUCCAGUCUCGCGAAGUAUGAGAACAAUCCCAAGAUUGCUCCUAUCAUCAACAAGAUGAAGACCAAGUUUGCAAUGUAGGCGAAAAAAAGGUUUUGUUACUAUCAAUUGGUUUGUAAAUCUUUGGUCCAAUGGUUUAACAAUCUCAUCUUAAGAUC